GAGAGCGCAGCGGGGUGUGUGAGCUCAGAAGGGUGGAUGAGAGCUGGUCGCGAGGAGGAGAGAGCACGAGAUGCUGCUGCUGACACAUUCCUUCAAAGAUGAAUAACGGCGCAAGAAAAUUGGAGUCACCGGCUGUAGUUUGGAUAGAGAGGAACUGAUUCACUGCUUUCCCAUCCUUGUCUUCGCUCUUGCCUCACCUUCUUUUUUGCAUCUCGUCUAAUUUUCGAUGUGAUUAAAUGGCUUCCGGACGGCGCCGCCAGGCUCCAUGCUCACUCGGAAUACUCCUGCUCGCUGUGGUCGGUAUGACAUGUGGGGGCGAGCUGUCAUUCACCCUGGAGCCCAGUGACAUUAUUGCUGUUCAGGAACAACCUCUGAUGCUGCACUGUCAGGUGGAGGGGAUCCCACCCAUCACCACACAGUGGAGGCGCAACGGAGCUCUGAUAGUGGAGGACCAAAACUAUGUCAUGUUUGCUAAUGGCUCGCUUCUGAUUGGUCACUUCCAGAAGACCAAGUCUGAUGGCUCAUCUGAUGAGGGAGACUAUGAGUGCAUAGCCCAAAAUUUCUUUGGGUUGGUCUUGAGCCGCAAAGCCAGAGUUCAGGCUGCUAGUAAGUAGCAUUUCAAUGCGUUUUAAUUCUGAGAAAAAAACCUUGCUCAGUUCAUA